GCUGAGCUGAGGAGUGAUUAAAUCUGUAAUAAAACUGUGUGAAGUUAUUUGUAAAAGCAACUCCUUCUUUGUUCCUAUAGCCUGAUUAAACAACAACUAUGAAGCUUCUUCUGGAUCUGCUGUGUUUGUGUCUUCUGUGUUUGACCUGGAAAACACUUUGUGAUAAAAAUGAGCCAAAAUACAUCAUAGUGAAAGAAGAGACAGAUGUUAUGUUACCCUGUUCUCUCAGCACCAAGGAGAACGUUGAGUCAAAACUGUUUGACUGGAGGAAAGUUGCUCAGAAAGAUGAAGGUCUGAAGGAGGUUUUCAUGUAUGAAAGAGGCUUUCAUUACAAUAAUGGUCGUCCAGGUCAGAGUGAAGAGUUCAAAGGUCGAGUCUCACAUUUUGAAGAUGAACUGAAACACGGCAACGCCUCCAUAAUCAUCAGAAAUACGAAGGAGGCUGACAGUGGAGACUACACCUGUGAUUUCCCACGUCUUCAUCAAAUGUUCCACCUUAAGCUUGUUGUUGAGCCAGACAUCAACAUUAUUGAUGCCACAGAUGAUGGAGUGUUGCUGCAGUGUGAGGUUCGAGGUGCUGCUCCCAAACCUAGAGUAGAGUGGCAGGACAGAGAUGGAAACAAACUUCCUGCUAAAGACCCACAGGUCUCUGAAAGAGGAGACAGAUACCACAUCACCCUCCAGACUACUGUGACCAAGACCAGCUGCUGUCGCUGUGUCGUCACACAGGAGGAAACCAACCGUAGGACUCAUGCUGAGAUUUAUGUGGCUAUUAUUGACAACAACACCAGCAUAUGGACCUAUAUCAACCUAUAUGGAGCUGGAACUCUUGCUGUACUUGCAGUUGUUUUUCUUUUACAUGAAAAUAGAAAUAACAAAAAGAAGUAAUACAAGUAAGUUUCCAAUAGUGCUAACCCUAGACUAACCUUCUAUUUCUAUUGUGGCAAGGCAGCUUUAUUUCUAUAGCACAUUUCAGCAACAAGGCAAUUGAAAGUGCUUUACAUAAAACAUGAAAGAGCAGUUAAAACAUUCGUUAAAGAGAAUUUAAACAGGUCAAAUAAAAUAAGACCGGUGUAGAAUACGAGAAUAAAAGU